AGCGCACCACAGACACCGAGCAUCAAGAUUGUCGAUAUUUAUUCUGGUUGUAUACAGCACAGUAGGAACUCCUGUCUAGACACCGGCGAGCUAGCUUUCCUAUGACGAGCGCAGAAUAGCCAUGCAUGAAGCGAUGUGAACCUGACUUAUCAAGCAGCCGUGAAUAGGUAUUCCAACAUGUUGACGCGUUCGAAUCUGAGGUCACCUACAGUUGCUGCACAUUCGCUGCCAGAAUUGCGUCUUCCUAUCACCUUCACCUCGCAUUCUACCACAACAUAUAAACCCCGCCAUUCCUUCUCACUUGACCUUUCCUUCGUUCAAGACAAACUCUUCUCAUCAUCUAUUUCUUGCAAAAACUCUGCUCUGCUCUUUCUUACAAGUCUCGACAUCCAAGAACGCCAAUAUGCCUCCCAAGGAAGCUGCGGGUGCUGAGUCCACUGAACUCAUCGCCGGCUUCACUGACAAAGAAUGCAAGCUCCUAGCUGCUGCGUUCGUUAGCUCUACUGGUCCGGACAAGUACGACUAUGAGCUCAUGUCCACCCUCACCAAGAACACAGUCGGCUCCCUCAAGAAGAUGUGGCCUCCCGUCAAGAGAAAGGCGAUCGGCGCCCACAGCUCCUUCGCUGCCUUUCUCGGUUUAGCUGGCACUCUUGCUCCGAAUGGUGACGCCAAUUCCGCCCCUGCCCCAAAGGCCACUGCUAGCAAGAAGCGCAAGGCUGCUGACGAGAUCCUCGACGAUGCUGACGAUGACAAGAACGACCUCGAGCCCAAGUCUGCUGCCAACAAGUCUGGCACCAAGAAGAAGGCUCCAGCUGCCAAGAGCAAGCCUGGUCAGAAGAAGAAGAAGGUCAAGAAGGAGGCGCCUAUCUCUGAAGAUGAAGCGACUGUCCAGGCCAGCGAGAACAGUGCCGAUGGUGGUGAUGGUCUCGGUGAGUUCAUCUUCACGCAGAGCGUGGUUGAUUGGAUCAACAAGACUGACGAAUGCGCAGACAAGGAGGUUGACGAAGAUGAGGCCUGAAGAUCAGGUUCAUGACGCGUCUCCUUGGAUCUGGGAUUGAUUGGGUACACUGGGGCGUUAUGGCUCGGGAGGUUUGAAAAGUGUAUUCUUACUUUACGGAUUUGGGGUUGUCUCGCUCAUCGGAGUAAUACCGCACUUAGCUUGCUGGCACUCGUCUUGCAGGUGUUGCGUCUUCCAGAGUACAUUCUUCCACACUGGAACGGUAUGAUACCCUAGAUCUAGCAUUCAUUGGGCUCCCAUAGCCUUUUCAUGCUUGAUUAAAAGCUUUUCAUGUAGCUGAAUCAAAUCAAGACUACAGUCUUCAUGGUCUUGUGCCCCCUGCUAUCCUUGAGCCCUGAUUCUAUAUGGUGGUAGGCUUUUGAGUACCGAAAUACACAGCGGAAGAAAAUAAGGGAUUGAAGAGCUCUGACAAUACAUAAUAGCUUGAUCAAAUAGCUUGAUCAUAUAUCGCGGAAUGGAAGUAGUGCCUUGGAGGCACUGUU